UCCUCCAACACUCUAUAAAAUGAACCCGAUCCUGCUGUCAAACUGUCUUCAGCAGAAGCCACGUAAUGUGCAUCAUCAUCAGCAUGAUUCUCUCACCGCUGCUCGUCCUGCUCUCCGCUGUCCUCUGCGGUGCCUCGGCGCAGGGCUCCGUCCCCACCUACGAGCGCCAAGACCCGAUCACAGGGGCAUCGCUCACCUGCGACAAGUGUCCGCCCGGCACGCACAUGGCCGCGCACUGCACGGCAGCCACGCCCACCAGAUGUGAGCCGUGCCAAGAGGAGCACUUCACCGAGUUCUGGAACUACCUGCCCAGGUGUCUGUACUGCAGCAACGUCUGCGCUGAAAACCAGGUGGUGGAGAGGGAGUGCACGGCGACGGCCAACAGGGUGUGCCGGUGUGUGGACGGCUUCUACGGGGCCGACGACUUCUGUAUCAGACACAAGGAGUGCGCGCCCGGGAGCGGUGUUCUGACAAAAGGUACGUCACAAACGGACACAGUUUGUGAGCAGUGCACCGAGGGCUCCUUCUCCAACUCAUCGUCUGCGCUGGAGCCGUGCGUAAAUCACCAGGAAUGCCCGAGCGGACAGACCGCGCUCCUCCCCGGCUCCAUCUACCACGACACAGUGUGCGGCACCUGCCGGGAUCUUGAGAAUGGAGGUGAGACGUCCACGGACUUCUACACUGGGCUCUUCAGCAUGCACAGGAUGCGCGUGACAAAACUGAGGAAAUUUGUCAGCAGGUACAUUUAUAAGUCAGGAGAGGAGAGGCGCGUCAGGGACACAUCUGUCCCCAGACAGAGAGGUCCUCUCAUGGAUGAAAUCAGAGCUUGGCUGGACGGGGCUUCACGGGACGAGCUGAAGAGACUGCCACAGAUGCUGAGGGCCACACAGCUCAGCGCCAUGGCAGAGAAACUAGAGAAGAGGCUGGAAGAGAUUAAGCAGGGUGGAAACUGUAGUUCAGUGUAACACUGAUGUUCUCAAACGACUGACAGUCUCAUACGUAGUCUAGAAUAACACAUUGGCCUACCUCUUUCUCUCAUUUGGCAUUUUUUGCCCAUUUGAAAACAAGUAGUUGAACCUCUUUAUUUUAUUUUUUUUUCAAGUUUGUCUGUUAACCGAGAGUGUCUGUAAGGUUGAAGUAAUGUGUCAUAGAAAUACUAUCAUUUAUGUUGCUGGGAAACGUGCGUAUUGAUCUGAAUACAAAGUGAAGGCUGUAUUCAACAAUAUGUUGGAAACUAUACUGCCUCCAGUAUCGUUUGUGUAUUUUAAGACGACCAAUUUUUGUUUAUAAGAAAGGAAAAAGAACAAAUUGUACAAAUUUGGGAGAAUUUUUUUUUCCGUAAAAUAUAUGAUUAAAAGUAUGACAUUCUCUCACAGAAACGCACGAAAGUAAUGUCAUGUCAUGUCAUUGACCAUAACCGCUUAUCCCUUUCCAUGGGGUUGCGGGGUGUUGCUGCUGGAGCCAAUCCCAGCCUUGUCUCAGGGAGAGGGCAGGGUACUCCCUGGAUAAGUUGC